AUGUCGUGUAUCCCAGAGUUUCGUAAGGUCCUCUUUUCGCUGUGUCAAGAACUAACGACUGAAAAUUUGAGGUCCUUGAAGUAUUUGUUGCGUGAUUUGUUAACAACGAGAGAAUUAGAGGACAUCAGAGACCCAAUGGAUUUGAUGCUUUACCUGGAACAAAGGAAUGAACUUUGCAGCAACAAUUGCCAACUUCUCGAAGAUCUCCUGACACAGAUCAAGCGUAAAGAUCUCGUCCAAAAAAUUCAAGCCUUUCAGGGUGGGUUACUCAAGAAUCAUAAAACCACCCUGAGCGAGGUUAGUCUUCAAAAGAAGACACGAACGCAGGAUUGCGUUACGGAUGGUCCGGAAGGCCCUUCCCAUCCUACAGACAACAGCGAUUAUUUUACAUUUGUCACAUGCACCCGCCGUAAGUUUAAUUUGCUGCUGAAUUCUUUAGGACAUUUUAUUUCUCAGUGUUUUGUGCUUACAAAUGCAAACAUCUCAAUUCAUGCUUCAGUACCUCAGAGUAUAUUUUUAUAUACAAGUCACGCGUGAUGUCACAUACAUUUACAUAAGGGGCGUUUCUUUUUUAGGACAUGGAGUCAUGUUAAGAGACGUAAGCGCCGAGGUUUACGAAAGACUGGGUUUCCUGUUAAAUCCUGCUGCAUACAAGAACUGGAUUUACCUCGCAGGAAAGUUAAAUUACACUCACGCGCAAGUCAGUAAUUUCAAACUAUUCCCAGGGCAAAGCACUCAAAUGCUCCUGGAAGACUGGGCCACAGCAGCUGAUGCUACUGUCGCGAAAUUGUAUCAUGUGCUCAAGGAAAUCGGACGAGCAGAUGCUGCAGGUGAACUUGAACCUAUUUUGGCCGAAUCUAAGUCAGGGUAA